ACCCCUAGCUCCUCUCCACUACUGGACGACUACUGCUACUACUGCUGCUACGUCGACCGAAAGGGAGAAAAAAAAACGCUGGCGUUCGAAAAGCGGUGUAACCUCAAAAUAGUUUCAAAUGAAAUAUCUUACCGAAGACUGAGCAACCUUCGUGCUGUCAUAUCGUUCACAGCUGCAGUGUCAAAUUUAUAGCGUUCUUUGUGUGUUUUAAAAAUUUUUCAUUGUCUUUAAUUAAGCGGUAGUGGAAAAGAAGUGGUUUAGAGGUUUGUUGACAUCGAGAAAUCAUCUUUUGGCCAUUGCGAUAGAUCAUUAAUUGAUCAUCAUAACCUCGUUAUGAGUGAAAACCCUCCACUGGGCGAUGCUCCGGAAAGCAACGGUGUUGUCGAACAAUCGACAUUCAAUGGGGAAUCCGGGGAUCAUCUUCCGCACAAAAUGUUGGUUAACUUGAAAGACAAAGCUCCGGACAUGCUUUCUGACAACGGUGUAAAAAAAGAUCCUGCCCCCACUGGAACCGUUGCUACCCCAAACAGCAAUCAAAGCAGAGCAAAGAAACGGAAAAAAGCUCCACGAGAUGCAACUGCACCGAAACAGCCUCUCACAGGAUAUUUUAGAUUUUUGAAUGAUCGACGAGAAAAGGUUCGAACAGAGAAUCCAACAAUUCCAUUCGCUGAAAUAACAAAGAUUUUGGCUUCGGAAUGGAGCACGCUACCUGCUGAUCAGAAACAGCAAUAUUUGGACGCAGCUGAACAGGACAGAGAACGCUACAACCGUGAAUUCAGUGAUUAUAAACAAACGGAAGCUUACAGAUUGUUCAGCGAGCGACAAUUAAUAGAAAAACAGAAUGAAAUCAGCAAAAAGGAGAGAAAUGGGACAGAAAUCACUCCCCCAGAGCCAAUCGAAACUCAUCAGGAAAAAGUUAACGAUUUUUCGGGUUUCGAUAUACCGAUAUUUACCGAAGAAUUUUUAGAUCACAACAAAGCUUGCGAAACUGAGCUGCGACAGUUGAGGAAAGCGACUUCAGAUUACGAAGCUCAAAAUGCAGUGCUCCAACGACACGUUGACAGUCUUCACGCUGCAGUUAAUCGGCUUGAGUCUGAAACGAAUCAGCAACGAACGACGAAUCAAUCGUUGCAGCGUCAUUUGGACAUGUUGCGCUCGCAACUUGCUUCUUGUUUCUCCACAGUUUCUCUUCCAGGCACUCAUGAAGGAGCAACAUUGCAAAACAUCGACACUUACGUCGAAAGACUAGAGACACUGUUAAGCGGAAACGCGGAAGCAACUUUGAGAAGCGCUGCAAGAAGUGCAGUUUCGCAACUCGAAUUAAUAGGAUGACGAUCGCCCUCGACAACGCCACCAGCAACAGCGCCAACCACAAUUGCUACCAGCUCAUCGACCGCUAAACAUCAUCGUUCGCGACAUUCGCAUCGAAAGUAAAGCAGCAAAAACAAAACAGAAACAACGUUAAGCUUUCGUUCGUUUUUUCAUUAACAGUUCCGAUACCAAUCGAUUUUUAAGUCUAACACAAUAUUCCGGGAACAUGCUGAAUAUUCGAUGUGGCAAUUGCUGCAUAUAUUCAUUAUACAAAUAUUCAAAUUUACAGAAUGUCCCAGGUCGAAAGGUCAUUACAGUAAUCUUUAUAAUUGAAUUCCGAGUUUCUUUUUUUUGCUUUGUCUUUUAAAAUUGACCUCUGAAAACACUUUUCAAUCGCCGGGGCUUUUUACAACUAUGAUCAUAUUUUAAGUUAGUGUUUCCGUUGUCUCGAAGACGUUCAAAAGUACAAAAGGAUUGCCAAGUUACAAAAGGAUUGUAUCAGUUUCUAAGAGUUUACGGAUGCUACAGUUUUUAGACAACGAACUCAUGCAUAUUAUCGUGGUAGAAAAAGACCCCAAUGAUUUGAAGUAAAAAUUUCAAAAAUAUUAAAGUCGAUGAAUCUGCACAUUUUUAUCAAGUACGCCACGUCACAGUGAAUAAGGGGGUAGAGAAAGAAAUUUUUAUAACUAAUUUUGUAGGGUAUGAAAAGUUACAUCAAAAAGAAACAAUACUAAAAAAAAUCCGUCAUUUUAAUUUCCAAGUAUUCUUAAUAUCCAGUAUGUAAUUCUAUAGUUCAAAGAUUCGUGGCAAGUCAUAUUAGAGUUGUUUAUGAUAGUGACCGUUAAACCUGGGAAAUGCUGUACGAAUAAAUAUAUAAAUAUUAUACAUAUGAAUGUAUAUAACGUAGCGUCAGUUUUGUAUUCGAUCAACGUAUGUAGCAAUACGUUAAAAAUCUUAAGUUUUAGUUUAACUUUGCGAGACUGUCAUAACUUAAUAAUUAUUAUUAUAUUGAAUAAAUAUAAAUAAGAAUAA